AAAUAAACACUAGCAUCCUGGAAAGAACAAACAUCCGAGUAAAAUAAACACGGAAAAUAACAGCUUCUUUUUAAUUCCUAGAGUUUCGAGUUUUAUUUUUUAAAUUGUGUUUUUAAUUCUGUGAUUCGCGUGUUUUAGUUUUUUUUUACGUGUAUUUUCAUUUUUUUUUUAGAGUACGGUACAUAUGGCGCUAAUUAGACGCCAUAGAAAGCAGGCAGGUGGAUGGACACGCUGCGAGCCAGAUGUUAAGUGAGAAAUGCCAGCUGUUGAGCGGUUCGUGAUGCUUCUGAACGGGAGUCAGGUGAACGGCUCCACCGCUGGAGAGCACGCGCUCCACAGACCGCCAUGGGUCACCACAACGCUCGGCUGCGUCCUUCCAUCUUCAUCACCAUGGUGGAUACUUCGGGCAACCUGUUGGUGAUUUUCUCCGUCUACAAGAAUCUGAAUCGGAAGGCCGGUGAGUGACACAUUUGGGGAAGUUCUGAGGAACGGUCUAGGAGGAGCUCGAUAAAAAUACAAAAUGUCAGAAAAUGUUUUGACGGAAAUAAAAUGGGAGCUAUACCACUGAUAAAUGGACGAACCGGACGUAGGGUAAGUUGAAGAAACCGGUGGAUUGGACAGCCUAUGAAAUACCUAUGAAACGGAAGCACGUCAUAGAGCACGAAAAUCACAACCUAAAAAUGAUAAUGUCAGUCUUGCACAUAACGCUUCUCUUCAAUGCCGUAAGUCCAGAUAAGUACCUGGAUGGACGCCCUGUCAACUUCACCGAUGCCAUCGGCUUCAGCUCCACCACAUCCACUGAUGCCAUCGGCUCCACCACCCAAUUAUGAAGAACACGCUCAUCCAGACCACCGCCAGUCAGCGCACGCCUCGCAGAGGACAACCAAAGUGAUGCCCGUCUCCUGCCGCACCUUCUUGCAGUCCACUCUAACCCAGUCCCGACCCAAUGACCCUUUCUCAUCAACCCUAGGGGAUCAGAACUAUGAAACGGACCCAGACGGACAACGAGGGUCCUCUGUUCGAUCAAGUGCGAUUGAUAAAACCUCUCUCACUUUAACUAAAAGUUCAGUACUCCUUCUCUGUCUCUUAGCACUUUGUACAACAAGAAGUAAAAUUCCUAGGACAUUUAAUCUCAGCAGAUGGCAAAAGAUUGGAAACUAGUAGAGUUGAAGCCAUCCAAAACAUUUCAAAACCAAUCACAAAAAAACAACUGAUGUCUUUCCUUGGAAUGUGCUCAUAAUGCAGGAUGUUCAUCCUAGAUUAUGCAAUCCUCGAGGCUCCCUUGAGUGCUAUAGCUCAUAAGAAGGGCUUAUUAGCCCAUAGUGCACUUAGUUGGACCCCAGAAGCAGAACAGGCAUUUGAAAAACUUAAACGAGCUCUGCAAAUUACACCAAGACUGGGAAUCUCAUAUCCAAACAGGCCUUUAACAUAAACAGUUGAUGAAAAACAGGGUUGUAUGACAUUAGUAUUGCUACAAGAUCAUGGGGGUAAACUUGGACCAGUGGCUUAUUUUUCAGCUAAACUUGACCACGUGGCAGCGGGGCUUCCUAUGUGUCUCAGAGCUGUUGCCACAGCUGAAAAAGCGGUCAAGACAUUGUGGGAUACUGCAAAUUAGCUCUUCUUGUUCCACAUGCUGUGUUGCAACUGUUGCUAGAACAGAAAACAGCACACAUGACCGCAGCUAGAUGGCUGAGAUAUAACACCGUUUUAUUAGAAAUGUCUAACAUUUCAGUAAAACGCUGCACAGUUCUUAACCCUGCCUUUCUUCUUCCAACAGAUGUGGAUAGAGAGCCUCAUAAUUGUGUAGAUCUCGGAGAAUUGCAGGUCACAUUCACUCCAGAUGAAAGAGCCACCUGGAAGAAAGCAGGAUGUCUGGUAAAAGAAGGGGUUUGGUACAGCCUUAACAGUAAACCCUUUCUACCAAAAAAAUUGUUUCCAUAUUAUGUCUAGAUCAUGUGUUGAAGGGAGGGAUGUAUAACAGUAUCGCUAGAUAUUGGUUCAUUAAGAAAAAUGUGUUAUCUGUGCUACAAACAAUGUGGGCAGGAGUGUUAAAACCCCCCAGAAUGCACACCCACCACCAGAACGGCCUUUUCAACAUUUAAUGGAUUUCAUUGAACUGACACGAAGUGAAGGUAAAUGAUAGUGCCUUUUCACAGUUGACACACUUUCUAAAUGGUUAGAAGGUUUUCUGACAUUAAAACAGGAUGUCAUUGCAGUAGCUAAAGCCCUGAUAAGUGAGAUUAUUUCAAGAUGGGGAAUUCCUGAUAAAAUAGGCAGUGACGAUGGAACCCCAAUUUGAAUUCGUCAGUCACACAUUCAUCAUCCAGCUAGUGGAGGAGCAGUAGAGAGAGUAAACGGCACCCUUAAGAACGGGCUUAUCUUGGGUAAAAGCCUGCCCCAUUGUGCUCAUGCACAAGAGAACUAGAGUAAGAGGAACUUUGUGAGCUGUGCAGGCAUAGGCUAGCUUGAUGGGGAUCUGUCGAUGAACCACUCCUUUCCUCAAAUUCUCCUCAGAUCUCUCAAUGUAAACCAAGAUCUUCACCUUGUACCUUUUUGUGAUGUUUCUGACCUGUGUUUGGAUUGUGGAGCUGAAGUCCUAGUAUUUGUAACCUGGCAAUUCCAUCUGUUUUCUCUGUAACUAUGUUUGCAAUCUUACAAAACAUCCAUUAACAAUUCCAUCUUCUAUGAAUGGUGUCAAGUAAAUCCUCCUUUUUUCCAGUGACAGGUUUGUUUUGUCUCCAUCCUAUUUUCGGGUCUUUCCUGUAGUCUUCGGCAUCAGUGGUUAAGAUGUCAGUGUGAAGUGCCUGUAUUGUUUCAGUAUUGUGCUUCUGAACUUCUUUGUUGAUGGCAAUUAUGUGCAGAACAUCAUGAGGGGCUGUCUUCAGCAUCCUGGAGUAACAAAGCUCUUAUCAUCUUCCCUAAGAAUCUCAGUCUUCUGCCUCAGUCGUAGCCUGUUCAACAGUUUCAUGAAAGCAAGGUCUUCUUUCUGGCACAUAAUCUCUGUGAGGGUAAUUUGAAAAUUGUCCUUCCUGAAGUCUAGCACAUCCUCUUCAUUUCCAAGAGGAUGCAGUUGGUAAAAGUCUCCUACAGCUAGACAAGAGAUUCCUCCAAAAGGUUUCUUGCUACCUUUGAUCUGUUGAAAUCUUCAGUUCAUGUAAGUAAACAAGUCCUUUGAAAUCAUGGAUACUUCAUCAAUGAUAAGAAUCUCCACGUUAUGCAAUCCAGCUCUUACUUCGUCUAGGGCGUUCCCACGUCCUUGAUAAGGUGGCUUCAGGUUCCUUGGCAGUUUUAAAAGGGAAUGCAAUUGUUUUACAAGAAAUGUUGAAAGCUGCAGUUCCAGUACAAGCAGUCAGCAGCACCAUAGGCAAGGAGAGAUCCCCUUCUCCCCCCAGCACCACCUGACACAAAGUAAAAAAACUGGACCAGAUUAUGACCCCAAACAUGCUUCUGGCACCAUUGGUGUAUAGUGUGAAAUAUGGCUGCCUGCAUCUCAUUUAGACUCCUAAACUACUUCCUCACAAAUUGAAGCGAUAUGGCACUUAAAGUUUCAACAAUCUUCCGUAAAACUUUUCUGGCUACUUCUCUGAAAAUCGAGCAUAUCUGAUAAUUGCAGCCUUACCAACAGUUCUCUUCUGCAUAACUCCCAUGUCAUUGAGCAGUCGGUGAACAUUCUUUCCUUUAAUUUGCUGGCCUCACACACAACUCGGUAAUUUGACACAAAUCUGCCAGACACAUCUUUUCCUCCUCUCCCAAAUCAGCUCUCUCCCCUUUUCACUUUUCACCUACAGGGUAGGUGAACUCAGCGGCACCCUGAUUGGUCCACAGAAGCUGUUCCCGCCCCGCCUUGCAGCCAGGAAAAGCAGUGCUAUCUGUGGUGCUGAAGUUGUGCUUCUUUUUCAACAUGGAGAUUUUAUCAGCUUAUUGACAGCGGCUACACAGAUAUAGAAAUCCUAGACCAAGAGGGCUUGAAUGAUUACCACCCAUUGCUUGCUGUGUUGAAUGUGAUGGGAAAGGAGCCUUUAGUCAAGGCAUGGAAAACCUCUUGCAGAAGCUUGAUGAACAGACAUCUGACAUUGCACUGCAUCGAAGCAGAACAUCUCUGGAAUGUCUACAUAUAUUUGUAGGUGACAAUGCAGAGAAACUUUUCCUGACAUGUCUGCUCCUUUAGACACCCCCCAGCCCCCCCCGCCCAGCGUGAAACAGAACGCGAUUAUGACGUCAAAGAGAACGCUUCUACGUCAAGAACUAGCUGCCGUUAGUUACUCGCAUCACAAGCUAGAGAAUUUGAAAGAAAAUGACAGAUAUUGUGAUACUUAUGGAUCCACAGAUUCCUGCUGCAGUUUCCUGCAGUUCAGGGAACAACACAGAGCUCAAACCUGAACCCAGUCAAUGCAAUCCGGUACAUUAUUUCCCCCUCAUGAGCAAUGCCAUGGAUAAGGAGACUCUGAUUUACUUUACCCAGCUCCAGGGAAAUUUCUAUUUCGAAACCAGUCAGUAUCCUGACCAAGUAGAAAGCUAUUUCUUCUGGAAGAUAAUGGAAUUGUUUUGCCAUAAAAACGGAGAAGUGAUGAUGUGUGAAAUCGCAGCCCUGCUGCUGAAAAGCUACGGCUUGCUCCGGAAGAGACUAGCAAAAGUCAAAGACGCUCAGACAUGGAAGGAGUGGUGCCUUCCUCUGGCUCGACUUCUGUUCUCCGAUGCACCGGAUGACGAGCACAGAGAGGCUGUGAUUAAGAUGGGAGAUGAUCUCGCCUCCAGAAAUCUGAUCUACCCAGCGCAUAUCUGCUAUGUGGUGGCAAAAAUGGACCUGGGGUCGCGUAGACACUUCGAGUUGGUCGGCUGCAACAGUUCCAGAAUUCCAUUUGGCACGAUGGUCUUUACUGACCCCUUUCUGAGAACUGAGAUGUAUGAAUACGCGCUGUGGAUGACCUCAGGACGGGCUCAGCCAAGCUUCCAGAUCUUCAAGUUGUGCCAGGCCAGCAGAGAGUAUUAUGUAUAUUCGAAGGAAAAAGCCCAUAGAUACUGUGAGGUCAUCACUAGGGCAGUCAUCACUUUUCCCGACAGAUUCACAAGGAGCUUUGUUGAACAGCUUCUUUUGCUGUCUUGCGAACUGCAAAAUAAAAAUGCAGAAGAACCUGAGUGGCUGCUCGAGCUCCGGCAGCUGCAUAAAAAUAAAUUAGCAAACACUAAUUUCACUGAUGACCCAGAGCAGCACAUGGUGUGUACCAGCCAGAGAUUCAGAGUCUCUGAGAUUCAGGAGUUAAAAAAUGAACCACCGAAUGAGAUCCCUGAACUCCAGCCUCCUGGUCCGGAGCAGCUUGCUGAACUGGAAGCUUUGCUUUCUUCACGGUACCAGUUGGGAGAUCUGCUGGGGAAUGGAUGCUUCGGCUUUGUCUUCAAAGCAGUCCGGAUCGCAGAUAAUAAAAAGGUCGCUGUUAAGGUCGUCAAGAAGUCCGGAUAUGUUGCAGCUAUGAAACUGCCUGGAGAGGCGGAGGAGCUGCCCUCAGAGGUGGCGCUAAUGAGGAUAGUAUCUGAGCCACCUGUCUGUAGCAACGUUAUUGAGUUACUGGAGUGGUUUGACAUGGGCCAUCAAUUCGUCAUGGUCAUGGAACGGCCCAGUCCCAGUAUGGACCUCUUGGAAUUCAUGCAGCUUCAGGGAGGUUUCCUGCCUGAAGCACAGGCUCGAGACAUCAUGGCGCAGGUGAUUCGGGCGGCUCGUCACUGCUGUGACCGUGGAGUGGUACACAGAGACAUCAAGGCCGAGAAUCUCAUCAUCAACCCCGAAACUCUGGAAGUGAAACUCAUUGAUUUUGGCUGUGGGGAAUUGCUGAAGGACACUCCCAGCACAGAUUUUUUCGGCACUAUGUACUUUGCACCUCCUGAGUGGCUAUUCCGUGGAGGGUACAUGGGUGCUCCUGCUACCAUCUGGGGUCUGGGCAUUCUUCUGUUUCACUUCCUCAGUGGAAACCUCCCCUUCAUAUCAUCAGAAGACUUGAAUUAUGGGUACUUGAAUGCACUUCCUGACUUGUCUCAAGAGUGCUUCCAGCUGCUAAUAUGGUGCAUGGAUUUAAACCCUGAAACACGCCCAACUUUUGAGCAAUUGGCCAGGCACGAGUGGUUUACUGGAGGCAGUUCAGGACAAAGUCCAGAUUCCUCCUGAAACCAAAGAUCUCAUAACACACCUACACACACACACACACACACAUUACCUACACUGUAACACGCAGUGAUUUUAUUCCAUACUAUGGAAUAAAAUCACUGUCAAAAAUAAUCGUACAUAACUCAGAACAUUUGCAUGUUAUUUUAUUUUACUCCUGCGUAAUUUAAAACGAUUGUAUGUAAUUCUGUGUUUUGUCCGAGUUGGAUUCCAAAAUCUACGUCCACGACAAUUUACAGAUAGGAGAUUUUGUGUGUUCGUUAGAGAACAACUCCAAAAUGUACGACUAUGACAGUUUACAGACACAGUGCUAGUUUUCACAACACCUCUGUUACACACA